CAUUACAGCAUCUGAUGAUCUUAGCAAAAUGAAGAGAAAGGGCUUGAAAUGUUCGAGUUCGAGUGAUACACAGCCACUGUCUUUCCGUGACUCGCUCAGCCAACCACAGCUGGAAUGGAUGUGUGGGAGAGGGGACGAAGUGACCCAUGGCAUCGCUAGCCAUUCUGCAGUUUUGCUGGGUCCGCAACUCUGCUGCUGUAGCGCCCUGGUUCAACCGUUGUAAAUGUUACAGGCCAGGGAGGACAGUCGGGUAUUUCCCACUGAACAACUAACAGCGUUUGCAGGAGGCAGCCGCAGCAGUGCAACCCCAAACAAGCCCGAACAACUAAGUUACUUCUCGUAACAAGAUAAAAUAGCAAGCUACAUCAAGCUAAAUCUCCAGUGCCGCUGCAGUGAUGUUGAUGGAGAAAGUGGUCUAGCGAGCAUCAAUACAGCAUUUGUGCGUUAGUCGAAACGGUGCGCAUUCUGCUCUGAAUUCCAUGACAGAGACUUGAAAAGCAAAAAAAUCGUUGGACACCUGUGCACAUGUGAGCUCACCUACUAAAAAUGAUGCCAGCAGCAGCAGCAGCACAUUUAGUGGCGAACAGUGAAGUUGCGAAAGACAGGAGAGAGCCAAGGCUCAAGAGCAGUGAUGGCCUUUCUUCAGGAGAAGUUUCUCUGGCCAGUGCCAAUGCAAACGCUGCAAAGGCAGCAGAAGCUGAAGGCGCUGGCAGCAGAAUGCCGCCACCGCUAGUAUGGAUGUGCACAGCAUGCAAGCUGGUGCACCCUGCACUGCUCCCACUGUGUGACAACUGCAGGACUGAGCGGGCGGUCGGGAGCAAGCGGCCGCGGGCGGUUGGGCAAGAAGAUGAAACUACCGGCUUGCUAGCGCUACAAACAUCGCCCGCAGUACGCAUGCAAAUGGACGGGCUCCCACCAGCUCCGUCGCCCGAGCCUCUGCUGGAUCGGAUAAAGGCGCUGGUAGCAAGGUUAUCAGCAAGCGAGAUUGAGUCUAAGAGUGGCGGUACGUGUAGCAGCAAAGCAGAAACCAGCCAAGGCAAUAGCGCCAGUGGAGAGACAUCCAGUCUGGCUACUGAGCACACUAAUGGCAGUACACCAACCAAUAGCACAGCGCCGCCGCUCCGGCGAACAGUGAGCACGAGCACGUCAGGCGAGUGGCAGUGUAUGCUGUGCACGCUGGUCAACUCGGCGUCGGCCGUGAGCUGCGCCGCUUGCUCCGUUGCUGCGUCGAUGCCGCCGAUCACUAAUGGACACCGGCAGUUGAGUCGGCGCCGCAGAGGGGUUGAGGGUCCUGCUUCAAGCACAGCCAGCGUGUCUCCGUCAAGAAAUCAUUUGACAUUGUUCAAGCCUGCGGUUUUAAACGGCGAGGACAGCCAGCCCGCUGAUGUCAUAGCCUCGUUUGUCAUUGACAAUUGUAGAUCUAACCGCAGCAAGUUCGUUGACGUCGACUUCCCACCGGCUAUCAAGUCCCUGUAUUUCAAGCCACGUAGCUCUGACCAUCCGUUGGUUGCGUCAUGGCAACGACCUGGUUGUCUUGCCGACCGCCACGAGGAUUCACCGGCGCCGUUCAGCCUGUUCGGCCGUCGUCCUCGCAGGGGCGACUCCGGCUGGGUCGUGUUUCGCUCAACGCCGGAUGCCGGCGACAUUGUCCAGGGUCGUCUUGGUGACUGCUGGAUGCUCUCGGCAUUGUCUGUCCUGUGCCAGAAACCAGAGCUGCUUGAGCACAUUGUUAUCACCAAACAGAUAUGCAAGGAGGGCGUGUACCAGGUUCGCCUGUGCAAGGAUGGCGUUUGGAAGGUGAUAACGGUGGAUGAUAACCUUCCGUGCGAUGCCUACAAGAACCUUGUAUUCUCGUCGAGUCGCCGCCAUCAGCUCUGGGUGCCACUGAUCGAAAAGGCCAUGGCCAAGGUGUUUGGCUGCUACGAAGCCCUGAGCGAAGGUCACAUGAGCGAGGGCCUCUCCAUGCUGACCGGCAAACCAGUGGAGGAGGUACACUUGAAGCUGCAGACGAAUGCAGAUGGCCCUGACCCUGACGAAAACAAUACCAGUUCUGCAUCGUUUCAUGAAGAUCUGACGUGGGCAAAGUUGCUGAGCUUCAAAGCAGCUGGAUUCUUAAUGGGAGCAGGUACUCGCAAUGCUGAUGAGGAUGAGUCUCCAUACACGGCAGAGGAGUACGAGAGUGUCGGGCUGCUGGAUCGGCACGUGUAUUCCAUUGUAGACCUGCGCGACAUUGCGUCGUACAGGCUUGUGCGGCUUCGAAAUCCCUGGGGCCGUGUCAGCUGGGAAGGAGCCUGGAGCGACUCGUCGCCACUCUGGACCCGGGACCUGCGCGAUGAGCUGCUGCCCUACGGAGAGGAUGCCGGCAUAUUCUGGAUGUCUUACGGAGACUUUCAGCGUUACUUCAGUUCUGUGGCCGUGUGCAAGAUCCGCCCCGGCUGGACGGAGGAGCGCGUGUGCGGCGAGUUCCGGCCUCACGGAACCGGUGCGUCGCAGGUGGCGUUCCUAACGGUGACCGAGAAAACCCAGGUGGAGAUUAGUCUGCACCAACGCUCGGGCAGGAGUUGCAAGCAGGACGGAUCGCUGCAGUCGGACUUGCUGCUGCUGGUCGUGUCAUGCGACUCCGAGGGACGCAACCUGCGCGAUUGCACUGCACACUCUCAGCUGUUCCGGCAGAAGCGUGACUUUGUGCGCUGCGAGGCGAUGCUCGAACCUGGCCACUACGUUGUGCUGCCCGUGUCGUUCCUGCACUGGAUCUGGCAUCGGCAGAGAAAUGAAUCGUCCGCGCUGGCACAAGGAGUGCCACCGGUGGCAGAGGAGGAAGACCGGAGGGGACUGUCGUAUUGCAUCACCGUGCAUAGUUCUCGUGCGCUCAAUGUGUGCUCAAAGCCACCGGAUAGCUACAUCCUUGCGGACGCUAUGUGGAUUGUAGCCAAAAGGCUCGGCACGCGUAACGUGGUUUGCGGAGGCACCGUGUUCACUACGCUAAGCAGGGUGAACGGCGGUGGAGUUCUGAAGGUGUUUGAGAACACGACCGAGUGGCCUAUCCAGGUAGAGGUGGAUGCAUCUGACUCCAGGCUUCUGAGCACCCGGUCUUCCCUGCUUACUGCCGAUAUUGUGCCGCCGUUUUUCAGGCAAGUUGUAGCAGUGCUGACAAACUACGCGGAGACUCCGUCUUUCUACACGCCGCGGCUGCAGGCCAGACAGGUUUGGGGGGCGCAGCCCGUGCUAAACGGAGCGCGGGCCGGAAAGGUCGAGCCGAGCCUGCUGGGCCUUCACGCCGCCAGGCCCAUUGGAUGAGCUAGCCGUUGGCAUGCGUGCAGACAUCCGAGGCUUUGUCUGAACACCAGCCACAGUCUUGUGAGUUGAAACUUGAAACAUGAUCAUAUGCUGAUUGCUACUUCGAAGUAUGUGCUAGGAACAUUUCACUAUUCGGCCGGACUAUACCAUUUUAUUGUUAUUUAAGGGGAUUCCCCAAAAGCAGAAGACUAAAUCUAGGCGGGGUCUCCUAGGAUAAUUAGCGCUGUGAUAUACAUAAAAUAUUAUCAUUGUGAUGCGUGGAUAAAUCUGCAGCAAGCCAUCUGUGUAUAGCAGAUGAUGCCAUUGUUGAUUUCGUUGGCCGUGUAUGUGUAUUGCAUGGCGACGACGCUGCGGUUCCAACUGUCACUGCCACUACUUAUACCCUCUAGAAAUGAUUGUGUACUUCCAAAAUAGAAAACUAUACCUGUGUAUCAUCUGGAGCAGGACUUAGCAGAUCAUGUUUAUGCUGCCAUAUCUAGGAUUUUAUUUACUGCUGCUCAGAUCUAUUAUGAUUUACGACAAAUUUCAAUUUCAAUAGGCAAAUGCUCACUCAAGUUGAAGUGCUUACUAGAAUUAUAAAAGUUAUAAUGAUACAAUUAUGAUAUCCCCUUGCCCGAACUAAAAAUGCUUCUCCUCCUCUGGUCAUCUCAAUGUCAGUAUCACUAUCAGGCCGGCAAUUUGUCGACACUUCAAGUGUUAUUUUUGUGAGAAUCAUGUACUGUAAAACA